GGCCGACCGCUUUCCGCCUGGGUGAAAGGGCGGCGGCGCGCUGGGCGGGGCCGAGUUCCUGGGCUGGAGGCCUGCCCGUGGUGGGGCCUGUGACUGCGAGCCGCUGGGAGCUGCGAGCCGCUCAGGCGGGGCGGGGCUGGCCGAGAGGAGUCCGCGCGCGACCGUGUUGAGCUCCCGGCUCUGGCGCUGCUCGCCCGCCGCGUCGUCGCGCUGGGGUCUCCAGCAUGUCGGAGCUGCGGCAGAGAGUGGCCCGCGAGCCGGACGCGCUGCCCGAGGACAAGGAGUCAGAAGUAAAGCUAGAUGGAGAGACUGCAUCAGACAGCGAGAGCCGCGCGGAAGCUGCCGCUCUACCUACCUCUGUAGACGACACCCCGGAGGUUCUCAACCGGGCCCUGUCCAACUUGUCAUCAAGAUGGAAGAACUGGUGGGUGAGAGGCAUCUUGACCUUGGCCAUGAUUGCAUUUUUCUUCAUCAUCAUUUAUCUGGGACCAAUGGUUUUAAUGAUUAUCGUAAUGUGUGUUCAGAUUAAAUGUUUCCAUGAGAUCAUCACUAUUGGCUACAAUGUCUACCACUCCUAUGACCUACCCUGGUUCAGGACCCUCAGCUGGUACUUCCUACUGUGUGUGAAUUAUUUCUUCUACGGUGAGACAGUGACAGAUUACUUCUUCACGCUGGUCCAGAGAGAGGAGCCUUUGAGGAUUCUCAGUAAAUACCACCGGUUCAUCUCCUUUACUCUCUACCUAACAGGGUUCUGCAUGUUUGUCCUGAGUCUGGUCAAGAAGCAUUAUCGACUGCAGUUCUACAUGUUUGGCUGGACCCAUGUGACACUGCUGAUUGUUGUGACGCAGUCACAUCUUGUGAUCCACAACCUGUUUGAAGGAAUGAUCUGGUUCAUUGUCCCCAUUUCCUGUGUGAUCUGCAAUGACAUCAUGGCCUACAUGUUUGGAUUCUUCUUUGGUCGGACCCCGCUCAUCAAGCUGUCCCCAAAGAAGACCUGGGAGGGCUUCAUCGGGGGCUUCUUUGCUACUGUGGUCUUCGGCCUUCUGCUGUCCUAUGUGAUGUCGGGGUACAGAUGCUUCGUCUGCCCCGUGGAGUACAACAACGACACCAACAGCUUCACCGUGGACUGCGAGCCCUCGCACCUGUUUCGCCUGCAGGAGUACCACAUUCCCGAGGUGAUCCAGUCGGCCGUCGGCUGGAGCACCAUGCGGAUGUACCCCUUCCAGAUCCACAGCGUCGCCCUCUCCACCUUUGCCUCACUCAUCGGUCCCUUUGGCGGGUUCUUCGCAAGCGGAUUCAAACGAGCCUUUAAAAUCAAAGACUUUGCCAAUACGAUUCCUGGCCACGGAGGCAUCAUGGAUCGGUUUGACUGCCAGUAUCUGAUGGCCACCUUUGUCAAUGUCUACAUUGCCAGUUUCAUCAGGGGCCCCAACCCAAGCAAGCUGAUCCAGCAGUUCCUGACCUUGCGGCCAGAUCAGCAGCUGCAUAUCUUCAACACCCUCAAGUCUCACCUGGCUGACAAGGGGAUGCUGACAGCUGUCACGGAGAAUGAGUAGGGCCCCAGGGCCGGGAGAGCAGGAGUCGGACUGAGCGAGGGGCGGGGUUCCAAGGAAGCCCAACUGUGUGACUUAGACAAUGCCAAGGCUUUCAACUCACUGUCUUUUUUUUUUUUUUUUGGUAGAGUAUUUUUUAUUUGUGCGUUAAAAAGAAAAUUGUAUAUUAUAGUACUCUAUGUGCUUAUAAUUUGGGUUGUGAGUAAACUGCAGCUUUGAGUUGGAAAGAAGUCACGGGGUAAAACCAUUUGGGUUUUUAAAGCAAGGACCAGUUUUUAACCACCUGGAGAACAAUGUUGCCCAGCUUGGGCCACCUGCUGGGGCUUCUGGCUCCCUUUGGGGAGCUGUUUCUGGGCUCCAUCAGAGUGCUCCUCUGUGUCUGGCCAGGUCAGGGGCCCCUGCCUGUCUGUGUAGCUGCCCCCAGCAGGGAAGGGGUAUAAGGCUUAGAUGCCUUUGCUUCUAGAGAGCUUUCACUGGCUUCGGGAGGCCUUCUGUAAGCUAGAGGGCUGGAGGCUGCUUCAUCACAUGAAGUCCUGUGGAGCGGGAGUUCUGUUUUAUGAUGAGGGUUCACCCUAUUUCAUCACAGACUCAAAGGCCUCUAUUUUCUUCUGAAAGCAUGAAUAACUAUAGUAGUCGGGGGGUGGGGAGAAGCACUGUAAAAUUUGAGGUGUGUGUAGCAGAACGUACUGUAACUGGGCCCUUCAUGGCAGGUUUUAGGCUUCGGGGGCUCCCGCGGGGCAGUCCAGCUAACUCUUUGCAGGGACGACGCCAUUCAUGCGUGCGCUGUAGAUGUGUUGCUGUUGAUCCUUCCAGGAGCUCCCUGUUGGGCAGGGAGCUGGGGGCUUCUUCACGCACUGACCACCCAUUGUAGCUGCUCUGUUUUGUGUAUAUCUGACUUAACACAAAUGUGUGUCUGUGUGUGUGCGCGUGUGAAAAAUCACUUGUUACAGUGAUUUCCAUUGUACCGUGACUUCUUCACUGAAACCAUGAAGUCCUGCCUAAAACUCUGGAAACUUCAAUCCCAUUAGACGUUUGACUAUCCUGAAGGUUAAAUGCACAUUUUUAAUGUGACCAGUUUGCAUUUUACCGGGGGACCUUUAU